AUGGUUUCCUUUAUUUCCAAGAAGAGAAAGCUUGUGGCUGACGGUGUCUUCUACGCCGAAUUGAACGAAUUCUUCACCAGAGAAUUGGCCGAGCAGGGAUACGCCGGUGUUGAGGUCAGAAUCACCCCAACCAAGACCGAGGUCAUCAUCCGUGCCACCCAGACCAGAGAAGUCUUGGGUGAGAAGGGAAGAAGAAUCAACGAGUUGACCUUCCUUGUCCAGAAGAGAUUCAAGCUUGCCCCAGGCUCGCUUGUUCUUUACGCCGAGCGUGUCCAGGAGCGUGGUCUCUCUGCCGUUGCUCAGUGUGAGUCCAUCAAGUACAAGUUGCUUAACGGUCUUGCCAUCAGAAGAGCCGCUUACGGUGUCGUCAGAAAUGUGAUGGAGUCCGGUGCUAAGGGUGUUGAGGUUGUCGUUUCCGGUAAGCUCAGAGCUGCCAGAGCCAAGUCUAUGAAGUUUGCCGACGGUUUCAUGAUCCACUCCGGUCAGCCAGUCAACGACUUCAUCGACACUGCCACCAGACACGUCUUGUUGAGACAGGGUGUUUUGGGUGUUAAGGUCAAGAUCAUGAAGGACCCAGCUGCCGCCAAGUUCGGUCCAAAGGCCUUGCCAGACGCUGUCCAGAUCAUCGACCCAAAGGAGGAUGAGUUUGUUCCAGUUCCAUACGUUAAGGACUACAAGCCAGCCGCUGAAAAGCCUGCUGCUGCCGAGCCAGUUGCUGCUUAA